CAUUUGACGACAAAUUUAACGUUUCCGGAAGCAAGAACAGCGGAGUAGCCGUCGAUGCUAGGUGUGAGGAAUUGACAACCUCACUUAUCUACAAGCAAAACAUAAACGCCUUCAUGUUAACUGAUGUUUACUGGAUUUUCCUGGAUCAAGUUGCGGAAGAAAGUAAUGGAACCGAAUUGGAGCACUCUCUAGAAAAAUUUACCGCCCUGUUUGAAACAGUGGAUAUUUUGCCGAGUACCCACGUGGAGAUUGCUCUGUUCUGGACACGUUGGCAGCUGUACGAUUGCUGGAAGCCGUUUCGUUCCGCAGAGGUAAAGUUUGCGGAGAUUUGCUACCGUAAUCGAGACUUGACCGAGGUGGAAACCAUGAAACGAGCACUGCGGCUGGUGGAUUUUCGGUCGGCUGAAAGAAGAAACCUUGAGGCGUUUUCGAUGCCGGUGGGAAUCGGAAUGGCCAAGACCGAAUUACUCCAGGAUUGGAACGAAGUCGUAGAAAACAUCGACGAUUUAGUUGAACGGGCAAAUUAUCCAUUCAUAGAAAACUUGAUGUACGAUCUCAAUUUCACACGUAAUGCGAUCCAGCUCGAGAAAGGAGGUUGUAGGGUCAAUGGGAGCUUUUCGUCGGGUAGUGUACUGAUGGAGUUUGGACAGAAAGCUGUGGAAUUCUGUGCCGGAGCUGUGUUGAUGACCCCGGAGCGGAUGAAAAUGUUGGAUUUCACGAUUGUGACAUUGACCAUUAACGCUAGAUUCGUUUUCAAACAACCACCGCUGUCUUUGGUAACCAACAUAUUCGAGCUACCUUUCAGUUUUGGAGUUUGGCUCAGCUGCUUUGGGUUUAUCGGAGUUUAUUGGAUAGGGCUGCUGAUUUUAAGAAGCAUUACUAAAACGGAACAUUUGACUCCACUGGAAUCAUUGAUGUACAUCGUAGGCACUCUGUGUCAGCAGAAUCUUGAGCUGUAUCCGAAAUAUGAUGGAGCCAAGAUUCUACUGUUUUGGGUACAACUAGCGAAUUUCUUUCUUUUUACCUCCUAUUCGGCCUGUAUAGUUGCAUUGCUGCAGAGUCCCAGUACAAUCAUUAAAUCAUUAACGGAUCUGGUGGAGUCUCCUUUAGAGGUCGGGGCUCAAAAUGCGCAGUAUGCGUACCAGUAUUUGAACGAAAGUUCUGACCUCGCAGUGCAAUCAGUCUUUCUCCAGAAGAUUAAACCUUUAGGUAAAGAAGCUUUUGCUGAUGCUCAAACUGGGAUGAAACGAGUGAAGAACGACAUGUUUGCUUUUCAGAUAGAAGAAAAUACCGCACACCGGAUUAUAAUGGAGACAUUCACACCCCAGGAUACUUGCAAGGUGCAUGAACUGGACAGCAUCAAACUACCCCCCUUCAGCAUACCUCUUUCAAAAGGAAGCAAAUAUCGGGAGCUCAUUCGGCAACGUCUACUCUGGCAGAAGGAAGUUGGCAUAGUUCGGCGUUACAAUGUGCUCUGGAUAGCUCCGAAGCCACGCUGUGAAUCUGGAGCGGCGGAAUUCACUUCGGUGGGAAUGAAUGAGCUGCGUUCUGCAUACAUUUGGAUGUUGGUUGGGUUUGGUAUCGCGUUUGUUCUUCUCGCGAUUGAGUUUACAGCAGCACAUUGCUUCAGGGCGCGGUGCAAGAAAUUUACUUCGGUUGCGCUAAAGGAAGGAAAAGAAAAUGAUUUAAGCACAUUGAUCAAUUAA